GUGGCAGGAUCACGUCAGUUCCUUUCAAGCCAGGCGUUUGGGUGGCUGGUCCCCACGCGCCUUCAACAUGCGUAUCGAGAAGUGUUAUUUCUGUUCGGGGCCCAUAUACCCCGGCCACGGCAUGAUGUUCGUCCGCAACGAUUGCAAGGUGUUCAGAUUCUGUAAAUCCAAGUGUCAUAAAAACUUUAAAAAGAAGCGCAACCCUCGCAAGGUCAGGUGGACUAAAGCAUUCCGUAAAGCAGCUGGUAAAGAGCUUACAGUGGAUAAUUCAUUUGAAUUUGAAAAACGUAGAAAUGAACCUGUCAAGUACCAGCGAGAGUUGUGGAAUAAAACUAUUGAUGCAAUGAGGAGAGUCGAAGAGAUCAAACAGAAGCGACAAGCUAAAUUUAUAAUGAACAGGUUAAAGAAAAAUAAAGAACUACAGAAAGUUCAGGACAUUAAAGAAGUCAAACAAAACAUUCAUCUCAUCCGGGCCCCUGUUGCAUGCCAAGGAAAGCAGCUGGAAGACAAAAUGGUACAGAAAUUACAACAGGAUGUGGACAUGGAAGUUGUUUCUGAAAAUCUUUAACUGUCUGUAACCAUUCUUAUGAGUGCAUUGGAAAAUCUCCUUUAGAGACUUAGAACAUUUGAAUUUGAUUUUUUUACAUAAGGUGACUCAAAUGAAAAGGUGACUAAAACACAUCUCUUCUACG